UCAGCUACAACGCUGGGAUCAGCGCGUGCGAGAAGGGCCAGCAGUGGCAGCGGGCUCUGGCGCUGCUGAGCGAGAUGCAGGAGGCAAAGCUGGAGCCCGACGUCAUCUUCAGCUACAGCGCUGGGAUCAGCGCGUGCGAGAAGGGCAACCAGUGGCAGCAAGCUUUGGCGCUGCUGAGCGAGAUGCGGGUGGCGAAGCUGGAGCCCAACUUCAGCUACAGCGCCGGGAUCAGCGCGUGCGAGAAGAGCGAGCAGUGGCAGCGGGCUCUGGCGCUGCUCAGCGAGAUGUCGGAGGUGUUCAAUUUCGACGAGCUGUUCACCCACGGUGUGCGAGUCCCAGAUUCAGGAACGGAUCUCGGCAAUGGUGGCCUGACUCCGUUCUGCGACGCCCCCCGAAGACACUUCGCCCGAGUCAGCUACAUCGUUGGAGUCAGCGCGUGCGAGAAGAGCGAGCAGUGGCAGCGGGCCCUGGCGCUGAUCAGCCAGCGCCCCUGCGACAGGUGGGUGCCGCGCCGCUGUGGCUACAGGCGGCACGCCAUGGCGGCGCGCGCUGCCACUGCCCGGUCGGCGGUGGAGGGCCGGCACCACGCUCUCCACGAGCUCCACGAGCUGUUCGGCUUCGACGCGCUUGCGAGCCCCAGCCACCAGGGAACCUCGUCGGAGAAUGCGGCUCGCAUGCGGACGCUUCUCAGUGUCCAGCUCCGGCUGUACAUGCGGCCUCAAGGCUCCAAUGACGUCCAGCGGCGGCGCCGAGAGGCUCCCGAGAGCGCCCGGCAGGCACCGAAGCUGUUCGAGUUCGACGAGCUGUUCACCCACGGCCCAGUCCAGGAGUCCUCGGCCACGCUCGGCUUCGGGCGCUCGCGCUCGUUGGGCUGGUGGUUGCGCUGGUGGUUCAUGCGAUUGGUCGCGUUGGUGAUCGUGGUGUUGGUCGUGCUGCUGGUGGUCGCGCUGGUGCUCGUGCCAGCGGUCGGGAUGAUUUUCGUGCCAGUGGUCGCGCUGGUGGUUGUGCUGGCCAUGGCGGUCCUGGCUGCGCCACCCGAGCAAGUGCGAGAGCGCGUCGACAAGAUCAACGGCGUCAAGGCCCUCAUGGCCGAGCUCGCGGGCCUGAUCGAGGAGUGCGAGGCCCGCGGCCUGGGCUACGAGCACGAGCGGGCCACCUGGGCGGAGUCUUCGGCCGGGCGGAGCAACAUCCAGUGCAGCGGUGCCAGUGCUUCGAGGCGGGGGACGUCUCCAUCCCCGCCUCGUGUCCCUGGGCCUUCCCGGCCCCGGGGGGCGGCGGGGCGGGCCAUGACCAAGCGCCCGGCGCCGCCCCCGCCAGAGCUGGAGGUGGAUGCCGCGGUGCUGACCGGCAUCCGGGAGCUGCGCCUGGUGCGGCGCAAGAUCGGGCCGCCAGAGCCGGGGCAGGUGCAGCUGAGGAUGGAGUGCGUGGGCAUCUGCGGCUCGGACGUGGCCUACUGGGCCAAGGGCGUGGCCGGCGGCUUCGUGCCCCUGGACUUCUCCGAGGCGGGCCUGUGCCAGGGCUACCGUGGCCAGAUGGGCCACGAGUGCGCGGGCACCGUUGUCCGCGUGGGCGAGGGCGUCCACCACCUGAGCGCCGGGGACCGCGUUGCGCUGGAGCCUGGGGUGCCCUGCGGAGACUGCAGGGCGUGCCGAAGGGGGCGCUACAACCUGUGCACCAGCAUGCGCUUCAUCGGGUCGGCGGUGAACCGCGUGCCGGGGGCCAUGUGCACCCACUUCAACCACAGCGCCUCCUAUUCCGGAGGCUGGGCUGACAAGCCCACGCACCCGCGGGAGCACGACGGCCACGUCCUCUCGGCCGUGCAGAGUGUUCUGGCCACUGGCCGUUGUUACAAGCUGCCCCCGCACGUGUCCCUGGCGGAGGGCGCCCUGCUGGAGCCCCUGUGCGUGUCCCUGCAGGCGGUCACCCGCGCGAAGGUUAGCACCGGCCACAAGGUCCUCGUCACGGGCGCCGGGCCUAUAGGCCUGAUGACCGCGCUCUGCGCGAAGGCGGCGGGGGCCGUGACGGUGGCCAUAACCGACAUGGUGGAUGCGAAAUUGGAGAAGGCUGCGAGCCUCGGGGUGGACUUUCGCUUCAAGGCGAACACUCCAGACCUCGUGGACGAGAUGGAGAAGGCCGUCGGCGACAAGUUCGACGCGUGCUUCGAGUGCUGCGGUGUGCCCUCGGCCCUCGAGGUCUGCGUGCGCGCGGCCGUGUCCGGCGGCGUCGCGUGCGUGGUGGCCAAUUUCUCCGACUCGACGCCGGUGCGGCUGCAGGAGGCGGCGCGGCGCGAGAUCGAUAUCAUCGGUGUGUACAGGUAUUGCAACCUGUACCCGACGGCCCUCGCGCUGGUGUCCUCGGGGAAGAUCGACCUAAAGCCUCUGAUUUCAAAGACGUUCCCUCUCAGCGAGGUGAACGACGCUUUCAGCUACUUCGCCUCGGGCGAGCCCGUCAAGGUCAUCAUCCAGCCGAACGGCCCCCCUGGAGAGCAGCCCGGGGCACCUGCGGCGCCCGCUGCCAGCUAG